AUGGCGGAGACAAUGAAGCCAAGUGGAAACCACGCUCCUCCCAAUGAAUGCAGCAAAAUGUCCAGCUACAGGGGCUGCAUGGAAGUGAUACUGAAGCUGCUAGCAGACUUCGAGAAAGAGCUCAAAUUAGGUGAUGCUGCUUUGAGAAUAGAAAUCAACCCCAGUGCUGUGAAUCUUCAAUCAUCUCCAGCUGCUCGUGUUUACAGCUCUUUGCUGGAGCACAUCACUAAAUUACAGGCUGUUUCAGAAAAUCUAAAGACAGUGGUGGAUAAUGAUGACGCCGAUGCGUUAUCUAUAAAGGACAGCGCGUCAGAUGACGCCGUCACCUCGUCCUCGGUGAAAGAGCAGACACCUGCGCCGUCUGAGCAGCAUCCCCUCAUCUCAGAGGCUGCGGAGAGCAAGACGGCGGCUGAUGACGUCAUGGUUCAGAUCCGAGCCGGGAAGUCAGAGAUUGAGCGAAGAAUAUCUGCAUUUAUGGAGCGCAAGCAGAUGGAGAUCAAUGAAAACAAUGUGCGCGAGUUUUGCAACGUGAUCGACUGCAAUCAGGAAAACAGCUGCGCCCGAACAGAUGCAGUUUUCACUCCUUACCCAGGUUUUAAAAGCCACGUAAAAGUCACGCGGGUGGUUAAUACAUACGGGCCUCAGACUCGUGGUGGGGGAGGUCAAGGAGAACCUGGGGAGCAGCAGAGGGGGCCGAUGGCAAGAGACUGUGGAAAUGCGGCUAUAGAAGAGCGACUUCACAACAUCGAGACUCACCUAAGGCUCCCGACAGUGGGUCCAGUUCCACUGAAUGUCUACCAGAGACUGAAGAAGCUGGAGGAUCGUAUCCUGGAGUUGGAGGGACUCUCACCCGAGUACUUUCAGUCCUCGAGCCACCAGCUCAAGCGACUAAAGACGUCCCCGGCUCAGGCCUGCAGUCUGACGGAGCUGGAUGAGAAGAUCAGUGCAGUGAAAGCGGCACUGCUGAAGAGGGUGACUGAAUAUGGGCCUGGAUAUGGAACCGACUGUCCACUGUGAUACAAGCAGAGGCACAAACCGAUGCUCCAAACAUAUAUAUAUAUAUAUGUAUAUAUAUAUGUAUAUAUAUAUACCAGCUGGUUUUGUUUUUUUUCAUUCCGACUAUUCUUACUAUAUUUGUCAUUAAAAACACAAACUUUUCAUAAGAUCGUCAUUUGAUGAUGUUGUGACACCUUUUGAUAUUAAAAUGUAUGUAAAAAAAAAAUGUUUUCUCUAUGUAGUUUUCUAGUUAAAUGAAAUAUCGUUGUUCUAUAAAUAAAAGUAAUUUUUCCUUCAUGAAAA